CUGCGCAGGGCGGUCUAGGUCAGCUGAUCUCAGUGCUCGGUAGCUCAGUUGGAAGCUGAUCGGUGAGCUGCUGUGAGGAUGGUGUCUCUGCUGUGCUGCGGGCCCAAGCUGGCCGCCUGCGGGAUCGUACUCAGUGUGUGGGGAGUCAUCAUGCUGGUACUCCUGGGAAUCUUUUUCAAUGUCCACUCUGCUGUCCUGAUUGAAGACGUCCCCUUCGUAGAAGACGACCUGUUUACUGAUCCUAAACCUCCCACCAAGCUGUAUGGUCUCUAUGAGCAAGUUUCCUAUAACUGUUUCAUCGCAGCUGCACUCUAUGUCAUCCUUGGAGGCUUCUCUUUCUGCCAGGUUAGGCUUAACAAGAGGAAAGAAUACAUGGUACGCUGAGCAGUCUGAGAUGAAGUCUUACCCUAACUGGAAUCCCCACUCCCACCCACCAUGAAACCAGCAUCCCCAGACAGUGGACUGUGACACAGAUACUGUAAUAAAGAGGGUUUAUCUUAAGCUGAGGCUACCACACACAGAAACUGUCCAACUGUUCCAAGAAUAAAUAUGUGGUACGUGUAGGCAGGAGUUCUUUCCUCUGAUUACUGUUCCCAGAUAAGGCUUUCACGGCCAGUAAUGGCCUCCUAUACAAUCCAAAAAGGAAAUAAAUCCUCUCGAAUUACCAAGUGUCACCCUGAGACGACAUUCAGCUCUACCCCACCUGAAUCCGGUUUACAUUUUAUAAAGAAGCCAAAUGGAAGAUGCUAAGCUCUAGAACAAAUACAUAAGACACAGUCACAAGUAAUUAAAGUUAUUUUCCUUGCAGACAAUUCCCUUUAAAAAAAAAAAAGAACAAACUCAUUGUGGCCAUUCCAAAAGAUUUUUUCUCUUCAAAAAACACCAAUCGGUUUUACUGCAAAAUAGUUGAUGUGGUGUGUACGAUACGAAGUCGCCAGAUGUGUUUAAUGACCGUUACAUCUUGGGAAGGCCUCUAUGUUUUAUGAGAGGUUGACCAGGAUGCAGUUCAGAGUCUUCAUAAACAUUAGUGGCGAUGUCCCAAACUAUAAAAUGAAUAUCUGAUAUUAAGGAAGUGGUACACUGAUGGCAGGUACCUUCAGGUGGUAGGUCUGAAACUUAGGGUUUAGCAACUUUAAGAAAAUAUAGAUCUGUGCUUUAGAUCAGUGUUUUGGUAUCAGAUUUUUCUGGGACCCACCAACAGCUUGAGUUUUGGAGAUAUGCCUUCUGUGUUAUAGGUGUAACAAUGAAAAUGGCUUGUAAUAGGCAUAUCUUGAAAAUCUGCCCUGUUAGGGAGUCCCAAGGAAAGGUUUUAGGAAUGGUGCUCUACAGGGCAUCUUCAUUGGAUUCAUUAGAAACUCACCAAAAUAUAUCUAUGUAUUCCUUAUUUAAAAUGUUAUGUGCCGCCUCUAAAAUACAUAAUGUAGAUGGCUAACAGAUAAAUUGCCACUGGGACCAUCCUGUCUAUUGCUGCUAACCUUUCCUCACAGCUUCCACGUCCAGACUGUCCGUUUUUGUCUCUGCCAGUAGUGACUAGAUCCUUCUGUAUUGUCUAAUGCUGGGACCUAAUCGUAUUUAUGAUGUGAUUAAAGUAAAAUAUUGUGUGACCUCUAA